GAUAUAGAUGGCGGUAAUGCACGUAUAAGUCUGCGAUUCGCCGUAAAGAUAGAAAUUGAAGAAGAAACUGUCAUGGCUGCGCCCAUGACUAACGAUCAGAGCUGUUUUUUUGCUCUGGCUCUCGGAGUUUCAUUUCUCAAAUGUCUUUUGAUAAAUGCCUACCAUUCCACGGACUUUGAAGUGCAUAGGAACUGGCUUGCCCUGACUCACAGUCUGCCAGUAUCACAGUGGUAUUAUGAGGCUACGUCUGAGUGGACUCUGGAUUAUCCUCCUCUGUUUGCUUGGUUUGAAUAUGGACUUUCUCAUAUUGCCCAGUUUUUUGAUAAGGAGAUGCUGGUUGUUCAGAACCUGAAUUAUGCAAGUCCAGCCACAAUCCUGUUCCAAAGACUGUCAGUCAUUGUGUCUGAUGUGGUCUUCUUUUAUGCGGUUAAAGAAUGCUGCAAAUGUUUGAGAGAAGACAAAGGAAAGGACCUUCUGGGAAAGCCAUGUUUUAUCCUGACAGUGUUGUUGCUGUGGAACUUUGGCCUUCUAAUUGUUGAUCAUAUUCAUUUCCAGUAUAAUGGAUUCCUGUUUGGAGUUCUUCUUUUAUCAAUAGCAAGACAUUUUCAGAAUAGACACUUUGAGGGGGCCUUGCUGUUUUCAGUACUUUUAAACUUGAAGCAUAUAUAUUUAUACAUCGCACCUGCAUACGGUAUCUACCUGCUGAGAUGUUUUUGUUUCACCCAGAGCAAUGCAGAUGGAUCUUUGCAGUGGAGAAGUUUCAGUGUUGUGCGGCUUGUAACACUAGGAACUAUUGUCUUGUCUACUUUCGCAGUGUCAUUUGGACCCUUUAUAGCACUGGGUCAGCUUCCACAAGUCCUGUCACGACUUUUCCCUUUCAAGCGUGGUCUGUGUCAUGCGUACUGGGCACCAAACAUCUGGGCACUUUACAAUAUAGCAGACAAAGCUUUUUCCAUCCUGGGUGUGAAAUUCAAACUGCUUGAUAUAAACAAACUUUCCAAGGCCUCAAUGACUGGUGGUCUGGUUCAGGAGUUUCAGCACUCUGUGCUUCCUUCAGUCUCUCCUGUAGCAACCCUUGUUUGUACGUUACUGUCAAUAUUGCCUGCACUUUUCAGGAUAUGGCACCGACCUAAUGGAGCGAGAGGAUUCUUGCGCUGCCUUGUCAUUUGUGCCCUUGGAUCCUUUAUGUUUGGUUGGCAUGUGCAUGAGAAAGCCAUUCUGAUGGCCAUUCUUCCUUUAAGUUUGCUCGCUGUGGAGAGUAGAGAGGAUGCCAGGAUUUUUGUAAUCCUCAGUAUAACCGGUCAUUAUUCCCUAUUUCCACUCCUCUUCACAACUCAAGAGUUGCCCAUCAAAAUAUUUCUCAUGUUGCUUUUUACAAUCUUCAGUCUCACUUCUCUAAAAACGCUGUUCAGGAAGGGCGGUGCUUUGUUGAACCCACUAGAAGCGAUGUAUCUCUUGGGCCUGAUUCCUCUUGAGCUGAUCUGUGAGCUUGUUUACCCGCUGACAGUCUGGCAGAAGACAUUUCCCUUCCUCCCUCUCAUGCUCACCUCCGUUUACUGCGCGCUGGGAGUGACACAUGCCUUCAUCAGACUAUACAUUUCACUGUUGACAUGCUCAGACACCACUAAAAAGAUUAAAAAGCAGUGAAUCAUGUGAUUCAGAUGCUGGAGGCUUAGUUGGACAAAACAUUUUCAUUGGACCAAAAUGAAUGAUUUGUAGCUGACAUUUAGGGAUUUGUUUGGGGAUAGUUUGUGGGAUAUGAGUAUCUUGGUUCUCAGUUGUUUAUUUCUUUAAACGAUAUAAUGUAGCGUAUGGAUACAAAUGUUUAUUUUUUAAGGUGUUUUUAAUAAAUGUAUUUGCUUACUAAAACUG